AUGCCCCUCCAUGAUCUCGCCGCCGGGACGGUCGUCUAUCGCCGCGCGCGUUUGCGCGAGCUCCUCGUUCCGUUCUUGGCCCCAAAGCUCCUCCGUGAGAACGAGGACGACCCGAAUGGGAUGAAAAGGAACCCGAGGCGGGUCCGGAUGGAGCUGGAGGGCCUCCUCCCCAGGCUCGGCGUCCUGGUCGUCGUCUCGGAGCGGGUUUGUCGAGGGAACCUCAAAAGGCCCGUCUCGCCUAGUUAUGCGGUAGACAGCACCGUAGCCGCCGUAGUGGCGGCUCUUGAACUCGAGGGGGUUUCGCUAGAAGCGUUGGAGGCAAGAAGUGUUCCGCUAGUGCUGCUGGUAGUUCGCGAUAGCUUUCUUAGUCGAGGCGCCCGUGAGGAGCAGAGGGCGGCGAUUGAGGAGGAAAUUCAAAAACGGGAGGCUUUCAAACGUGCACAGGUUUUUGUGCUUCCAAGAGAUACCUAA